AUGGCGAGUGCUGUGCUGCCGAGCGGGUCCCAGUGUGCGGCGGCGGUGGCGGCGGUGGCGGCGGCGGCGGCGCCUCCCGGGCUCCGACUCCGGCUUCUGCUGUUGCUCCUCUCCGCCGCGGCCCUGAUCCCCACAGGUGAUGGACAGAAUUUGUUUACAAAAGAUGUGACAGUGAUCGAGGGAGAAGUCGCAACCAUCAGCUGCCAAGUCAAUAAGAGUGAUGACUCUGUGAUUCAACUGCUGAAUCCCAACAGGCAGACCAUUUAUUUCAGGGACUUCAGGCCUUUGAAGGACAGCAGGUUUCAGUUGCUGAAUUUUUCUAGCAGUGAACUCAAGGUGUCGCUGACAAAUGUCUCAAUUUCGGAUGAAGGAAGAUACUUUUGCCAGCUCUACACUGACCCCCCACAGGAAAGUUACACCACAAUCACGGUGCUGGUCCCACCACGCAAUCUGAUGAUCGAUAUCCAGAAAGACACAGCGGUGGAAGGUGAGGAGAUUGAAGUGAACUGCACCGCCAUGGCCAGCAAACCAGCCACAACCAUCAGGUGGUUCAAAGGGAACAAAGAGCUAAAAGGCAAAUCGGAGGUGGAGGAGUGGUCAGACAUGUACACUGUGACCAGUCAGCUGAUGCUGAAGGUGCAUAAGGAGGAUGACGGGGUCCCAGUGAUCUGUCAGGUGGAGCACCCUGCCGUCACCGGAAACUUGCAGACUCAGCGGUACCUUGAAGUACAGUAUAAGCCUCAAGUGCAUAUUCAGAUGACUUAUCCUGUACAAGGCCUAACGCGGGAAGGAGAUGCGUUCGAGUUAACAUGCGAAGCCAUCGGGAAGCCCCAGCCGGUGAUGGUGACCUGGGUUAGAGUUGAUGACGAGAUGCCUCAGCACGCCGUCCUGUCUGGGCCCAACCUGUUCAUCAAUAACCUAAACAAAACAGAUAAUGGUACUUACCGCUGUGAAGCCUCUAACAUAGUGGGGAAAGCUCACUCGGAUUAUAUGCUGUAUGUUUACGAUCCCCCCACAACUAUCCCUCCUCCCACAACAACCACCACCACCACCACUACCACCACCAUCAUCCUUACCAUCAUCACAGACACGGCCGCGACGACAGAGCCAGCAGUUCACGAUUCUCGAGCAGGUGAAGAAGGCGCCAUCAGAGCGGUGGAUCAUGCCGUGAUCGGCGGUGUCGUGGCCGUGGUCGUGUUCGCCAUGCUGUGCUUGCUCAUCAUUCUGGGGCGCUAUUUUGCCAGACAUAAAGGUACAUACUUCACUCAUGAAGCCAAAGGAGCCGAUGACGCAGCAGACGCAGACACAGCUAUAAUCAAUGCAGAAGGAGGACAGAACAACUCCGAAGAAAAGAAAGAGUACUUCAUCUAGAUCAGCCUUUUUGUUUCAAUGAGGUGUCCAACUGGCCCUAUUUAGAUGAUAAAGAGACAGUGAUGUUGGAACUUGCGAGAAACUCGUGUGUUUUUUUAUGAAUGGGUGGAAAGGUGCGAGACUGGGAAGGCUUGGGAUUUGCUGUGUAAAAAAAAAAAUGUUCUUUGAAAGUACACUCUGCUGUUUGACACCUCUUUUUUUUUUUUUGUUAGUUGGUUGGUUUGUUUUUGUUUUUGUUUUUUUAAGUUUUAUUUCUUCCUACCAAGUCAAACUUGGAUGCUUGGAUUUAGUUUGGGUAGAUUGCAGAAAAUUCUGUGCCUUGUUUUUUGUUUGUUCGUUGCGUUCUUUUUUUUUCUGUUUUUUUUUUCUUUUUUUCCUUUUUUCCUUUGUGCUCAUUUGUUUUUUCCAAAACGUUUUGGAUUUUUUUUUUUUUUUUUCCAAAAUCUCCCAUUUUGGAAUUUGCCUGCUGGGAUUCCUUAGAAUCUUUUUCCCCUGAUUUUGUUGUUGUUUUUUGCUUUUGUUGUUGUUUAUUUUUGAACUGCUUUAUGUUCAAAAUUCAGUUUCGUAAAAGGAGAACCAGCACAGUUAGAUUUCAUAGUUCAGAAUUUAGUGUGUCCAUAAUGCAUUCUUCUCUGUUGUCGUAAAGAUUUGGGUGAACAAACAAUGAGGACUCUUUGCUGCUACCCAUGUUUCAAAUACUUAGAGCAGUGAAGACUAGAAACUUAGACUGUGAUUCAGAAAAUGUUCUGUUUGCUGUGGAACUACAUUACUGUACAGGGUUAUCUGCGAGUGAGGUGUGUCACAAUGAGAUUGAAUCUGUCUUUAAUUCUGUAUUUGUAGACGGCUCAGCAUAGAUACCCCACACUGUCCAGAAAGGUUUGGGGCAGAAAGAGCUCCUCCUUUUUCAAUGCCCUAAACAGACCUGACAGGUGAGGUCUGUUCCUUUUAUAUAAGUGGACAAAUUUGAGUUGCCACAAGAGGGGAAGGUAGGGAGGGGGGGGAAGCUAGUUCUGCUCUGGUUAUUUCUGUUCCAAACGAUUCCAUCCGCCUUUCCCAAUCGGCCAUACUUCUCACUAAUUUGUAGGAAAAAGCAAGUCCGCGUGGCGUGUGAAUGACUGGAUGGGACAGGGUUUUUUGGUGUUUUGGUUUUUUUUUUUUUUUUCCUUUGUGCUUAGUUAGGAAGGCAGUAGGAUGUGGCCUGCAUGUACUGUAUAUUACAGAUAUUUGUCAUGCUGGGAUUUCCAACUCGAAUCCGUGUGAAACUUUUCAUUCCUUCAGAUUUGGCUUGACAAAGGCAGGAGGUACAAAAGAAGGGCCGGUAUUGUUCUCACACUGGUCUGCUGUCUAUCUCAGUUCUCGAAAGGUCAGAGCAGAGGUGGAAAAACAGCAUGUAGGGAUUUUCAGUUACUUAAUCAAAACUCAAAUGUGAGUGUUUUUAUCUUUUUACCUUUCAUACACUAGCCUUGGCCUCUUUCCUCAGCCUUAAGAACCGUCUGCCAAAAAAUUACUGAUCCUCGCAUGAUGGCAGCCAUAGUGCAUAGCUACUAAAAUAAGUUACCUUGAACAUAUCUUAGGUGGGGAGCCUCGGGAAAAGGUAGAGGAGUCGAGUUACCAUUUGCAUCUUUUUAAAGAAAUGUGGGGAUUUUCACUGAAACGUCUAGGAAAUCGAGAAGUAGUCCCGAAGGACGAACACUAAACUCUUACCAUAUGUUUUGGUAAGGUUCCAGACUCCAGAAUACAGUCCCUAUGGAAAGAUGGCAUCAAAAAAAAGAGAUCUAUAUAUAUAUAAAUAUAUAUUAUAUAACAUUUUCAGUGGGUAAUUUUGGAUUUUGCAAGGUACAUUUUUACUAUUGUUACAUUAUGUGGAAAACUUACGCUGAUUUAUUUAAGGGGAAAAAAGUAUCAACUCUUUGUUAUUUGAAAGUGUUGUUUAUUUUUCUUGUCUUUGUUUUAACCUUUGAUAGAACCAUUGCAACUACGGGGGCCUUUUGGGAACGGACUGAUAUGUAAAAGCAAAUCCAUAUUGAGCAGCAUUUUGUUUUCCCCCCUCCUAUCCCUCGGCACUUAACCAAGGCAAAAAGCCGCCACGAACAUCCCUUUUUCAAUGAAUUUUCUAAUGGGCAGCUCUAUUCCGAGCCCUUAGCACCCAUUCUGCCCAUAGUAUAAUCGCAUCAGAGGGUGAGAACCAUUUAGCAUGUCUUUGAAAGGUCUUUUCAGUUGUUCUUUUUAGGGGGAAAAAAAAUAGCCUACCAUUGCUCACAAAAUUGGCAUCUCAUUUUUGAGACUUCCCAUCUUUGUUUUGAAAAGUGUACAGUAGUGCAGUGUUCCUAAUGUAACUUUAUGGCUUACAAUGUUGACAUGUCUCAGGUUCAUGUGUUUCGAUUGGUGUUUUCCGUCUCAGGUAGAUUGCAAAGUGUAGGCCCCACACAUUGGAAAAAAAUAAUAAUAAAACAAAGCAAAAACAGGAAAUUAUGGGUUUUAGUUGUAUAUUGGUUUAUGUAUUUUUUCUUAAGUAUACAGUGCACUGUUUGAAAUGUAUUGUUGAGUAUUACUUUGUACAGGUUGAUCACUUUUUUUAGAGUGAAGAAAGAACAAACUUGUUUUUUGUGUUUUUUAAAGGAAUAUAAAAUAAUGAAGGAUGUAUAAUUGAUGCCAAAUAAGCUUGUUCUUUAGUCACACCGACGUCUUAUUUUUCCCUUUAGGCCAGUUCUGUUUUUAAGGUGUACAUGAACAAUGUUAUGGUGUAAGAAAUUCCAUAUCCAUAUGUUCCCAUUCACAUUUUGUAUUGGUUCAUGUAUACCAUUUUUACAAAAAAAAAGAAAAAAAAAAGAAGUACUAUAAAAUAUCUGUCUUCUUAAUAAAAAAAAUUAAUGUUACCAAGUGA